CGAAAAUAAAUGGCAUUUAUAAUUUUAGGGGAAAAUUGCAAAAUACAUGCAAACCAAGUGAUAAUCGAUGAACAGCAUUCACUAGUGCUAGGGUUUUUCAGUUUGCAUCAUUGGCUGUAUGAAACGAUAAGAAUUCGGUCAAUUCGAUUCAGUCUAUUUUCGAAUCUCUUACGUUGGUUACAUUGUUGUUGUUAUUUUGCGGUGGGAUUAUGUCCAACAGCCGACAAGAGUUGACAGGUGACAUUUUGACAUAUGAUAGUAAUGAUUGACAUUUGGGAAAAUUACUGAGUUGAAAAAACUCGAAUUAUGGUUUCAACCAUGUAUUAUCUGACGAAGUUCUGUCGAAUUUGCGUGAAAUCCGACGAGAAAUUGGUUGAUUUACACAGUGCAGACUAUGAUUUAGUUAAAUUCAGUGAUAAAUUGAAGCUAUGCACAAACAUGGUUAUCAGCAAUCAAGACCUCUCGACAAGGAUUUGUAUGUCCUGUGUCAAAAAGCUGAGGGUCUCAUAUGUUUUUCAAAAUAUGUGCAGAAAAUCUGACCAACUAUUGCAGGGUUACUUGACAGAAUUGAUAGGUGUUGCAGAUUUCCCAAAAGAGAAAUUUGUUAAUUCUGAACUCAAGAUUGCUAUCUCACCUAUACCAAAAAUCAAAUUAGAAAACCAAUUGAACUCAGAAAUCACUGAGCCAAGUGACUAUCCCAUCAGUACAAUAUCUAGAAGUAUUAUAACACACAGAGUUAAGAAAAAGAGGGUGAGUAAAGGCCAAAGGUGCAGUCUGUUGAAGAAGCUUCUAUCUAAUAAAAAUAAGCAUGAAACAAAUUCUCAACAAACAAGUAAAAGCAAAGGAGGUUUGAAAGAUCUGCUAGUGUUUAUAAAAGAUUAUGAUUUUGGUUACAAAAUCUGUAACCCAACAAGGGAUUUUAAUGACAUUACACCAUUGGAUAAACUGGAGGAUUUCUCAAAAACAUUCUUCUAUACAGAUUUUACUGACUAUAGAGAGACAAUAUUAUCUGUGAUAAAUGAGCAUCAGUUUGAGUCCAGUGAUGAUGAUGAUAUGUUUAAUGCAUUUGAUGAGGAAGAAGACAAGAGAUUGUGGAGCAAGGAAACCAAAAACUUUGAAGAACUGAUAAUAGAGCCAGACAUCAAAAUCAAAACAGAAUUUACUGAUGAGAGUGAUUAUGAUUAUCUGCCAACAGAGUUUGUGCAGACUUGCUAUGAUGAAGAUGCUGUCUCUAAGCAAAGUGAGUUUGUAGACUUUGAAACUUACCUCACAAAAAGUCAAUCAGUUCCUGAAAGACAGGAGGUGGUAUCUACAAUAAACAACAAUAGGCUAAUGGGUCCGUCCAGCUUGGAUCUGCUGCAACAGUUCACAAGCAGAAAAGGUAAAACAAUCUCUCCAAAUAGCUUAAAGUGCAGAACAAGAGGGCAACCUUUCAUCAAUCCUCAACUCAUGGAGCAGUUCAAGAAGCGCAGUUUUAAAUGCAAAAUGUGCAACAGAAGCUUUAAAAGUCCCGGUUAUUUGCAUUCGCAUUGCACGAAAAUGGGACAUUAAUAUUAGUUUAAAUAUUUAUUUAUUUUAUUCGAAAUUAUAUGUAGGAGAAUAUGGUUUAUUGUGCAAUAUUGUAAAUCUUACUAAUUUAAUAAUUUGAUCUUGUAGAGUACAAAUAAUUUAAUCAUGUUCCUCAAAGCUAUAUUUUAUUUAUAAUAUUAAUUCUAUCAGCUUGUGAUAUAGGCAAUCAAAAUUUAUCGAAACGAUCAAAGCCAAACGUUUAAUGGAAUUUAGCUGAAACUGUCUUUGUUUACUGUAUAUCUUUGAGGGAACAUAAUUGUGCCAAUUUGCGCAAUUAAAAAUAUAUAUAAAAUCUAACUUUGCAUAAAGUACAAAAGAAAAAAAAGAUGUAAAGUUAUUGUUUUGUUUCUUUUAUUUGUUGCUAAAAGUGAUAGUUGUUAAGUGCACUGUAUAAAAUACAAACACAAUUAAAAUGAAUUAAGAAAAUAAGAAAAAAUCGAAAUAAGAUUUAGAUUUGUUAUAUGAGACUGUCCAAUGUAACUUCAAAUUAUUGUAAAUAAGUAUUUUGAUUUUUUAGUGGCUACAUCAAUUGAUUUUUUGUAGAAUACUGUUAUUAAUAUAUAUAUAAUGCGGAUUUAUUGCUGCGCAUCUUGGAAAUUUUUAAACGUGUUUCUCUGUGACUAUUAUAUUUAGUCAAAUGUAUAUGUCUAUAGUAACUUAGAUAUAUAUUAAACUACUAUUAUAUAAUA